UACAGAACAGUACUGACAUAACUGAAAUGAAAUGAUAAUGUCAGAAGUAUGAAGAAGAAAGUACUUGAAUGUUUUAUGUUCUGUUUCCAGAGUGUAAAGCAAACAUGUCCAAAACAAGGAACAGUGAGGGGAACGUACUAAAGCGUGUGGCAAAACUGCCACUCGUCAGCUCAGCGCUGCAGCAGGCCUCUUCCGUCUACACAAGCGUGAAAGGUCGUUACCCGCUGCUCGGGUUUGUGGGAGUGGUAGCGGAGCUGGGCGUCCGUAGUGCAUCCACAGCAGCCCUGAAACAAGCAGCACCUCUGCUACAGAACCUAGAACCAGAAAUCGAGGCAGUGAACAGUUUUGCACUGGUGGGUUUGGAGCAACUAGAGAAGCUUUUCCCAAUUCUCCAACAGCCCACAGAUGAGGUGGUUACUAAUCUGAAGGACGCUUUCUUCUCGAGGCUGGAUGAUGCGCAGUCUCGAAUGAAUGAUGAGCUGGACAGAGCCGUGGACAGAUGGGAUCAGCUGAUGCAUCUGAGCUGGCGCCUGCUAGCGGAAGCUCAAGACUCGGCUCCUGGGCGAGUGAUCACCGCGGGUCUGGAUGAACUCAUCACUCAGUCCGAGGCGGCAGUGGCCUACUAUCUACCUCUGCCACCCACGCUGCAUCGUGAGUGGGAGAGAAGAGUGCAGAGCUAUGAAGAUGAAGAUGAUGACGAAGUUGAUGAUGAUGAUGACGAAGAGCCUCGAAUGAGGACACGUAUCCGUAGCCUGUUGUUGUGCCUGUACCUUCAGAUGUACCACAGAUUGAUGAAGCUGAGAGAAAGACUUGACAGCGCUUUGCAGAUGCUGGGGGCAGCUGCUGAAACGGUGGGUCUAAUGCAGUUGAUGGCGAUGGUGGAGUCCCUGCUGCAGCUGCUUCUGUCAUUUUACACGACUCAGGUGUAUCGUGUGGAGGAGCUGCGUUCUCUGCUCGUGGCUCAGCUCACAUCAGGUAUACAGGCACUGAAGGUUUUGCCCCCUGUACAGCAGAUACUGGCUCUGCCUACCCAGGUACGCACUAUCAUGAACGACCUACUGGAACUGGGACAGAUUCUCAUACAGCUGCUCAUCAACACCACCCCGCUCUAUGACCUGGUAAAUCAGGUUUCUGAUCUCGAUGCAGCAAACAAUCCAGUUCCAGAUGAACUUCCUGAGAGCCCCUCCAGCCGUGCCUCUGCAAACAGCCUCUUCCUCAAGGCCAUGGACGGUCGCCCGCGUCGCCGCAGAAGCCUUUACGCCCGCUCCCGUCGUGAGUCUGCCAGCGGGCUUCCAUCAAGCCCAGCUGCCUCCCCAACUCCCACCCGAGUCUCAGCAAAUGGCCGCAAAGGCAGUUUGAAGCUGGAUUCCCAGCCCUCAGGCCCUCCAGAACUUGACACGCUGGCUGUGCCCACCACCGAUAUGAUCCGCCGCCGUUCCUCCACCACCGAGGUCCUGCUGGCUCCCAUUAUGCAGCUAGUUACACAGAGCCAACGGGCGUUCGAGUUUCUGAGCUCUGGCCCUUCAUCUGAAGAUCAGGUCAUACCUGUGGUGGAAACCACAGAACAUUAAGCUCCAAUCUUCUCAAACAUAAGAUUUAUGUUAAGAUUUCAUAAGAAAUGUAAUCAGAGCAUUCAAACACAGAUCGCUGCAGCUCACAGGCUGUUAUAGAUAGUACAGCAAACAUGCCUUCAACCCACAAUCCAUACAGUGGCUUCUCUGGAAAACCUACAAAAACUAAUCUGGUUGGUUGCUUUUAAAUAACUUCAUUAGCCUAGCCUUUAGUUUGUGCAGAUGGUUUAAAAGCUAAAACAAAGCACUGUACUUAAAAUGAAAUCAAAACAGAAUGGAUUUGCACUCUGAAGUGCUGUGAUGUGGAGUAGGUGGUGGGUUUUUUUUUAGCUUUGAAUGCCUGUUUUCUAGAUGUUAGGACAAUGAAACAACUCAAAAAGUGAGCAGAAAAUGACAAGAGCACUGUUUUUUUCUAUAUAUUAUUAUUGUUAGCAUAACAUAACAUUUUAUUUAACCAAAUUAAAACUAUUUCUAUUCCUCAGCUUUCUUAGUUCUUAUGCAUUAUAAGCAGUUUUUAAUAGACUGUCAAUAAAUGACUGAUUGAAUUGGUUUGACAUUCAGUCUGAGGUCAUGGAUGUUCGGUCAAGAGGAGAGGAUAAGAUACUGUUAAUGUUAGUUUGAUCAUUUCAUGGGGCUUUCCAGAACAAGGAUGUAUAAUUACAGCGCGGGAAACUUAAUGUGAAGCGUGUUCUACAUAGAUAGGCGUGUACUUUCAAUAGAUAGGCAUGUACUGUCACUAAAUGGUGUUAAAUGGACAUUUAUAGCUAAAAUCCUAACAGUCUUUAUCUUGUAGUGCUUUUUCCUUUAACAAAUGUAAUAUUGACUUUAAAUGUAAUAAAACAUUUUAUAAAAUCUGA